AGAUGCAUGUCAUGCACUCUCCUCUAAACCGGAGCGCGAAACAAGGGAUUAAAAGCGUUGCCAGGAGCGCAGAGUGAAAAAAGAGAAGCAGACGGGGUCCAGACCAGUAAACCAUUUAACCAGUGAGGGGAGAGCGGAGUUAGGACCGGCAACUGCAAGAGUCAGGACCUUUAGGCUUCUUCUUUUUUUAAAGUGUGCAUCUCUGGUAGAUCGGAAGGUGCCUGUGCUCCCCCCCUGCCCCUACCACCACCAACUCUGGACUCGGAUUAUCGUCGCAUCCUCUGCGCGUCGUUUGGAUUACUGUUGCUUUAAUCCCGGUGGUCCGCCAUGAAGACAGAAGUGUGGAUACAAGCGCUGGUGCUGGCCGUGGUGUCGCUGGUGCAAGCAGGCUUCUGUAAGGAAAGGGAGCUGUCCCUUCAGAAGUAUGAGAAGACUGAGAGCUCUUGGCUGGUGUGCCCCACCUGCCCACAGGCCGCUCGCGAGCGCAAGAGGAAGAAGCUGGAAUGGUGUGCCUCUAGAUGUAAAAAGGACAAGAAAUUCAAAUGCAGGGCCUUCAACUUUGAGAAGCUCAGCAGGACGUGCCACUUGCUCCCCUUCGACCGCCUCAGCCCGGGAGCACAGACACAAAACAACGUCAACUUCACGCUUUACGAACGCAAAGAUUACAUUCGGGAGUGCAUUGUUGGAACCAAUGGACAGUACAGAGGAAGGAGGUCUUGGACAAAGUCCAACAUCACCUGCCAAGCCUGGUCUGACAACAGCAUCCACGACCACACGUACUUUCCGGAUCAGUCGCCGGCGCUAGACCUCAGAGAGAACUUCUGCCGUAGUCCCAAGAACCAGGGCAGGCCUUGGUGCUACACCACGGACCCCAACACGCGUGUGGAGGAGUGUGGGAUCCCCCAGUGCUCCGAAGAGGUCUGCAUGACGUGCAACGGAGAGGACUACCAAGGGAGGGUGGACCAGACGGAGAGCGGCCUCGAGUGCCAGCGCUGGGACUCCCAGAGACCACACAGACACCCGUUCCAGGGGAGGACGUAUCGGGAUAAAGACCUAAAGGACAGCUAUUGCCGUAACCCGGACCACCGUCUCCGUCCGUGGUGCUACACCAUGGACCCCAAGACCCCCUGGGAGUACUGCAACAUCUCCGUGUGUGAUUCUCCGGGAGAUCCGUCAGUCAACGUCACAACGUCGUGUGUGCAGGGCAAGGCGGCGGACUACAGAGGCACAGUGAGCAUGACUCCCAGAGGACUGACCUGUCAGCGCUGGGACUCCCAGUUCCCCCACAAUCACUCAUACCUUCCCCAGAACUACAAGUGCAGAGAUCUCAGAGAAAACUACUGUCGCAACCCCGAUGGCUCAGAUUACCCAUGGUGCUUCACUACAGACCCUCAUCAGAGGAGGGCCAGCUGCACACAGAUUCCCAGAUGUGACGCGUUGGCCUCUCAGAAAACAGAAUGUUACCGGGACAACGGGGAGGCCUACCAGGGCACUCUGUCCAUGACCAGGUCUGGGAUCCCGUGCGGGGACUGGUCCCAUCACAUUAACAGUAGGGAUCCUCACUCCGUAGAGUCCCACGUCCUGCUGGAGAAGAACUACUGCCGGAACCCCGAUCGGGACAAGAACGGGCCCUGGUGCUACACCAGCUCCAGCAGCCGCCUGGCCUGGGACUACUGCGAGCUCAAGAAAUGUGAAUCUCCCAGAAUCAGCGCUCCGUUAAACAAUCUCACCGCGCCCUCGACAUCGUGCAUCGUCCACAUAAACACCCGGAUCGUGGGGGGGCACCAGGUCCAUGGCUCCGACGGCAGCUGGGUGGUCAGCAUCCAGAGAGAGAACAACCACUUGUGCGGGGGGACCCUGGUGAGAGAAGACUGGGUGCUGACGGACCAGCAGUGCUUCACCUCCUGCGUCCCGGACCUGAAGGACUACAGCGUGCAGGUGGGGCUCCGCCACCUCAACGCCUCCUCCGCUCACCCCCGCCUGCACAUCUCCAGGCUGGUCUGCGGCCCGGAGGGCUCCAACCUGGUGCUGCUCAAACUGGAGCGGCCCGCCCCGGUGUCCGAGGGCGCCACCAGCAUCCAGCUGCCGGUUCGAGAGUGUCACAUCCGUGAAGGCACCAACUGCACCAUGUACGGCUGGGGAGAGACCAAAAACACCGGCCACGAGGAGUCGCUGAAGGCCGUUACCAUGCCGAUGGUCAACAACGAGGUGUGCUCGCGGCUCAAAGACGGCGCUGGGGACAGCCGCGUGUGCGCCGGCGGCAAGAGAGGCGAGGGCAUCUGUGACAAAGACAACGGGGGUCCGCUGGUCUGCCAGGACCACCAGCGCAAGGUCAUCAUCGGGGUGUCGGUGCAGCGCACCAAGUGCGCCUCCUCGCAGCCCGCGCUCUUCGUCAACGUGGCCUUCUACUCCGACUGGAUCUACAAGGUGUUCAAGCACUACCCCAGUUAGGGGCGGGGGGGGUCCAGCCCUCUGCGGGGUCCCAGUCGGCC